AUGAAGUGGUGGGAGAGAAAGCUGGUCCGCUAUGGGCUGCGUUAUGUCCUGCUAUCGACGGGGCUGCUGGACGAGAAGACGAUUGACCUGGAUAACCUCGACCUCAAGGUUGGACAGAGGAGCGUCGUGGAGCUCAAAAAUGUGCGCUUGAAUAUCCCGCRUAUCACUGAGUUGGUUCAGCUUCCUCCAUCUCUACGUUUGGAGACUGCUCGCAUACUCUUGCUACGCUUGACGUUACCUACCGAUCUACACAAAUCAAGUAUCGUCGUUGAAAUCGAAGGGGUAGAACUGGUCGCACGCUUGACAGAGGAUGAAGCGAGACCAGCACCGCCGGAAUCGCGCACAAGUCGAUCGCGAACAAGUGCACGUGUACCACAGCAUCGAAAGACCCAACGGAGAUUACACUCGCCGCCGCCGUACGAUCCCGACGGCCUCCCGGGACCAGAAGAUGGUAUACGGAUACCCACUACAGAGGAAAUUGCCCAAUCUUUCCUGAAGCAAGAGCCUUCGCACGAGCGAGAAGAGCUCGCGGCGAUGUUGGCUGCAAAUGCCAGCGGCAUGGAAGAAUCGUUUGCCAGUGAGGGUAGUGAGGGCAGUGAGGUCGGUGUUGGGACCGGAUACGGGGUGCCAGCAUUCAUCGUUGGCAUUCUACAGGGCGUGAUGGAUAGGGUCAAGGUGAACAUCCAAAACGUGCACAUCAAUAUUAAUACCGAUGUUCCUGGCGACUCGAUCGAUCGCAUUCCUCUCACGCUGAGGUUGACAGUCGGCGUUGUUGAUCUGGACAAAUUGGACAUCACCGUAAAUGCGACACCAGCGACAGGCAGGAGGCGGACUGUCAACAUGAGAGAAAUCUCGCUGGAAUUGCUUUCCGAUGCAACGGUGCUUGCAAAUCUCUCAGAUCUGACAUCUCAUUCGUCUUCCACCAAGACCAACUCGCCGACUGGAGAAGCACAAAACAGCGAAGAGUCAUUCCGAUCGGCUAUAAGUGGUGAAACGCGGCACUCGUCGACUUCGGCGAUCGACGCGUACCGUCAUGCCGCGCUGAGGACCCCAGAGCUAUCAAGCAAGUCAUCGCCAUCUUGUGGUCCGCCAUCAUCGCCGGUGAACGAGACCGAGACUUUGAUACACAAUGUAGAUACCGAGCUCACCGCGAACAACGAGGAAAAUGAAGAGCUCCGAUCGUCUGGACUAGAUAUCCAAGCCGGCGAUGAUAACGUCAGCUGGGGAUCUCGAAGAAGUAAAUCGAGUGCUCCAUCUGACGAUCUUUGGAGGUCCAUGGUCAGUGAAGACGAUUUGCCAGAGUCUCUCAUUCUGGGACCCGGACGAGAUCCUACAUCACGUACAGACUCAUCCCGCGGCAGCAGUUCACAUACAGCAAAAGAGCGCUGCGCUCCAUCUGGGCUCACCACUAAUUUUCAGAAACCAGGCUCCUGGCCAACACUGGACCGAACUCCGCAACGACAUCGACAUCGACAUCCCCAGAACCAGGGUCCCGGAUCUUGGCCUCCACUUGACCAGAGCCAACACAGCGCCUUUGAGCCACUUGCUCAGGUAUUGACGUCAGCUAACAACGAGGUCACAGAUAACAUGAGAGCUGCACUGGAGCAGGAAGAGCACGAUGAGCAGGUGGCGGACCCUGCGCCAUCUUCUAAGCUAAAUAUGAGUGAUGAAGUAGAGCAGACUGAGGAGGAAGGAGAAGAGCAUAUGUCUAGCGACAUGAUAGAGUCGCGCGUUUUCAGCCACGAAGAGGCUCAAAGUAUGUAUAUGAGUGCGAUGACAAACAGUCCUUCGAUCAACAUGCCCGGAGGUUGGGGAGCAGAAGCGCAGCAUGAGUUACCAGUUUCCGACAGCCAACAGUCAACACACAGUACGAGCCUCGAAGAAGACAACGACGGUCAGAAGUCGGGAAAUAACACUCCGCGAGCAGAAGCGUCACAAGUGCCACCUCCGGUGGAGGCUGAAGACCAUGACCCCCGGGCAGUCUACGAGCUGGUUCACAUCAACUGGAUUUCGGUCUCUGUUCCGGCAUCCGUAGGCACAACUCCCACGAAGGUAGAUGAGGAAUCAUUACCAUCAAUGUAUGGUGCAAAAUCGGCGCAAGCAGCGCGGGCGGUACCUGGCGCCUUUUCCGCCUACUCGGAAACCUCAAGGCGGCGAGGUACAUCCUCAAUACACGGAGAAGUCAGCGACUCUCUCUGGACCAUCCCCAAACCAGUUGGCCAGUCAGAUGUGACACCAGAUGAGCCGUCUGUCGAYGUGAAGGUUGGUAUCAUUCGCGCGGGAAUGGACAUCGCAACAGGACGACUGUUCCACGCGUUCGCAACAAAGGCUGUUUCAUCCUUCAAGACCAAGGCUGGAUCGUCUUCGCAGUACUCUGAAGAUUCUGCCACCAAAUCUGCACGCAAGGCCACUCCUUCAAUAUCGCUGCAUAUUGAACGCGUGAGCUGCUCCCUGAAAGCAAACGCAAACUCAGGGAUGUUCCGAAAAUCUGCUUUCUCUAAGCCGACUGGCCACGAUAUCUUCAGCAUAUUGGUUGAAAAACUUAUGUUCCGUGCAACCAGCGACGUUUGCUUCUCGAUAGGAACUCUGAAGAUGCUGUUGGGUGAACAAGUCCUGCUGAGUUUCACUGAAGAUUACAAUAGUCUCUCGAACUCCCAGGUUGUACGGGGCACUAAUGAUAUUGAAGUCACGAUGAAAUGGGACAAUGCACUUGCAAACAACCGGCCAGUGACGGAAGUCAUCGCACGGACCACUUCCCUCGUGCUUUUGCUCGACCUCGCGACCAUAGACGAGAGCUUCGACUCAUUUGGCGGCCUGGGCGGGAUACUAGAGCUGGGUAGCUCCAUCUUGUCUGAGAAUGGUGCCAUCUCUCCUAUUGCAGCGAAGUCAACAAAAGGAGUCCGCUUUGCUGGCGACGCAGACCAGUCACCGACGGGUCAUGAGGUCAAGACCAACGUGCGUAUUGCUGGUAUAACAGUCACUCUCAAAGCGGCACCAUGCUCUACCGUGCUGCAAACAAGCACAGUGAAAGCUGUUCAUAGAGAGGCGGGUGUCAUCGCCACCGUUGAGCGUAUCUUACUGAGCGCACCGAUUCUCCCUGAUGGUCCCAGUCUUGCGCCCAUCUCGAUAGAAGCGUUGGGCGGGAGACUUGAAUACAUCAUCAAACCACAGGAUAAAGACUUGGAGAGGCUGCUUUCGCUGUUGAUCCCAUCGAAGGACAAAUACGACAACGACGAUGACAUCCUCAUCGACACUCUCAUCCGCCAGCGAAAGAAAGGUGGACUUCUCCGUGUUGUUGUUGCAGAUGUCAAAGUCCGUGUCGACGAUUGGGGUUGUCUGUCAGCGCUUGAAGAGCUAGGAAAGGAUCUGGCAAAACUUUCCGCCGUCACAAAAUACCUGCCGGAGGAUGACAGGCCGGGUGUACUUUCUCUCAUCCGCGUCAAAGACGCAGAAGCCCGAUUUCCGGUGAACGAACGGUUUGGGACCAUGCGGCUUGCCUUGCAAGAUCUACACCUUGCUCACGUUGGCCUGCCGCCUCUCCUCGCAUUAUCGGUUGGCAGUGUCAAUGCCAGCCAGGUUGACGGUCCUGCAUUAGUUCGUGCGCUGAUCCCCGUUUCCGGAUCCGAAGGACUGCCUAUGAUUAUGGCGCGUAUGCUAGGAGACGAGGAAGAGCCCACCAUCAAAGUCAAGCUUUUCAAUGCUUGUAUCGAGUACAGCGUGCCUGUCAUUCUCGAUCUUACGAACAUGGACAGGGAAGUAGAUGUCGAAAAAUUUGUUGACCGCUUGGCGCAGUCUAUCGCAGGCCUAGCAAUGGAAGACAGAACCGGCACAGCUGCGAGUGAUCCUUUGAGCGUGAAGCAAAAGACGACCAACCUCAGCCUGCUUGUGCAUGAUUCUGCAAUUGGUCUCACCCCUCAGAAGCUCCGAUCGAAGGCACUGCUGGUUCUGACCGAUACCAAAUUCACCACGACCGUGCCACCAGAAGACACACUGAAUGCGAAGCUUGAUCUGCGCAAAGCUUCUAUAUUCGUCACCGACCAAGACAUUGAUCAUCCUGGUGGCACAGUUCCUACCACCAUAGACUCUGCAAACACGACGCAGUGUCUGACCACUUCGCUUACCACCAAAGGAUUUGUUGCCGUUGGUUCUAUCAUGUCAGCCACAAUCGCCAUUCAUGCCGCCGAUAAUGUUGAGACUGGCUCCAAGAUAGUUGAGGUUGAUGUCAGGAACGAGCUGAUACUGCUGGAGACAUGCGCAGACUCCACUCAGACUUUGAUUGCAACUCUCGGCGCCCUCGCGCCCCCAACACCACCGAGCAAGCAGCCGAAGUAUCAAACUGAGCCUAUGACCAUUGAAGAUAUGAUGGCCUCCUUCACAGGAGAUCCGUUCGCAAAGCCAGACGGGCCACCCGAAACACUGUUCGAUGCGGAAGCUGAGCAGGAAGACGAGCCAGACAUGUUACUUGGAGUUUCGGGACUCAGCGAGACUGCGGAUCUUCUCGCCGAAUCCGAGAUGACCUCCAGCUUAUAUGGACCCAUUAGCAGGGUGUCUGGAAUGGGCGACCAUGAUGAGGACGAGAGCACCAUUGGCGAAGACUACCCCAGAACAGUAGAAAGUCUCCUCGAGGAAGAAGAACCUUUUGAGAUGCCCAGCUCGCCGACUGAGAUGCGCCUCAACGAUACUGCUUUGUUGCGAGACUUGAAUCGACAAUGUAAGCCCACUGGCCGAGGCGAACCCCUUGAUCUUGGUCUGUACGAGAUUGAAGAUCUUGGAUACGAUGCCCUUGGCAGCGGACAGCAAGCCCUUGGAAUGCAACAGCGGUUCAACGCACCCUUCCCAGGCAGUCGUGGAACCCGGAAGCAACAGAGUGACUUGCCGUUCAGACUCCGAAUGCGAGAUUGCCAUGCUAUCUGGCAUAUUUAUGAUGGGUACGAUUGGCAGCGGACCAGGGAUGGCAUUGUCGAAGCCGUAGAGCAGUUUGAGCUGAAAGCCGAAGAGCGUCGUGCUCGGCGUCAACAAUCAUUGGAUGAUCGAGAAGAGGACGAAUCUGUUGUUGGAGACUUACUCUUCAACUCAAUUUACAUUGCUGUACCGUCCGACCCUGAUGCCCAGGAGUUACGCCGACAGAUCAAUCGCAACAUCGACGACAUGGUCAGCGAGACAGAAAGUGUUCCGGUCUCAGGAAUGUCUCGGCCCACCACAUACUCCGCGUCCGGACAGCCUCGUGGGCCGCGAAAGCGCAGACGCUUGAAGCUUGGCCGGGGCAGGAACCACAAAAUUGCCUUCGAAUUGAAAGGUGUCUCAGCCGAUGUAUUGGUCUUUCCCCCAGGGACUGGGGAUGUGGUAAGCUCUGUUGAUGCGCGUAUCAAGGACCUCGAGAUUUUUGACAAUAUACCUUCGUCAACCUGGAGAAAGUUUCUCACGCACCUGGACACCGACACAACCACGCGCGAGAUGUCGAAACCCAUGUUCCACAUCAAGAUGGACAACGUCAAGACCCUGGAGAGCCAUUCCGCGUCUGAGAUUGUGCUCAAGGUGUCUGUACUUCCCUUGAGACUGCAUGUCGACCAAGAUGCCCUGGACUUCAUCACACGUUUCUUCGAGUUCAAAGACGAAUCAACGACCACCUCUGGGCCACCGGCAGAGCAGCCUUUCAUUCAACGCGUGGAAAUCGACACCGUAGACAUGUGUCUCGACUACAAGCCCAAGAACAUUGAUUACGUGGGUUUGCGAUCUGGGAAAACGACCGAGUUUAUGAACUUCAUUGGGUUGGAUGCUUCCAAUAUCCGCCUGAAGCAUGCCAUUGUGUACGGACUGAGAGGUUUUGAUACCCUGCAUCAGACUCUGAAUGACGUGUGGAUGCCCGACAUUCAACGCAACCAGCUACCAACCAUAAUGGCAGGUCUUGCCCCUAUGCGAAGCCUAGUGAACAUAGGUAGUGGCGUGCGAGAUAUAGUGGCAAUUCCCAUCAGGGAGUACAAGAAGGAUGGACGAGUCGUGCGGAGCAUCCAGAAAGGCGCAUUUCAAUUCGGAAAGACUACUGCCAGCGAAUUGGCCCGACUGGGAGCCAAGGUCGCACUUGGGACGCAAACGGCCUUGUCCAACGUGGAGCAGUUCCUGUCUCCAGAAGUUGCCACAUCAUCGCGCCGCCAAAAAGCAAAUCUCAGGACCGUAGAUCAAGGCUGGCAUGAUGUCGGCUCAGAUGACGAAGAUUCCGAACAGCGUGCCGUUUCUGCAUAUGCGAACCAGCCACUUGGUGUGCUUCCCGGGUUACGCUCAGCGAGGAGACAGCUUGAGCAUGAUCUACUCACUACCAAGGACACUCUCAUCGCCGUGCGUGGUGAGUUCUUUGAAAGUCGCGGCCCCGGGGCUGCGGCUGCAGUCGUGGCGAGACACGCACCUACUGUGAUUUUACGACCUUUCAUUGGUGCAACACGAGCCGUGGGUACCACUUUGCUGGGAGUCGGCAAUCAGAUCGACCGGGGGAACGUGAGGAAGGUUGAAGACAAAUACAAACCACGAUAA